GAUGGAUAAAAUGUUGUUUAAUAUGUUCUUGAUAUUUAUAGUAUUGUGUAUUUUUUCAGCACUGCUUUGUUUAUUCAAAUCAAAGUUUUUCAGAACAAUACAAGGGUAUUUCUGUAAUUUCCUUAUUAUUAAUCAGGAACAUCCAUUUAUUUCUAGAAAUAAUUGUUCCUAAACUAAAUAAUUAUUAUUAUUAUUGUAGUAGAAGCAGCUGUUUUAGUAGUACUAGUAGUUAUUAUUAAACUACAGUUGUCCCUUUGUUUAUCGCUCGCUCGCUAUAUUGCGUUUUUUCAAAAAUUAGUUAAUUAAUAAACGAUCACUGCUUCGUGGUUGAAUAUAUGCAUAAUAAAUAUGUAUUUUUAAGCAAAUUGUACUGAUUCUUGGCCUAAAUGAAGCAUUUUCAAACAUAAAAAACGUCUAAAUGAACUAACUCAAUGAACUUAAAUACAAAUACAAGGCAGAAGAAGCGUUGUAAUUGUGAAUCUAGUACUGUAUUUUACAUUGGCCACUUGGUGUCCAUGUUCGGUGAGACAGGCACCAGACUCGUCACUAAGGUUCCCUCGGGAACACAUUUACUGUGACACUGCUCGAGCAGGAGUUUUUUUUAUGUCUUACAUGGCUUAUUUACUCUUAUUUACUACAUUGGGUAAUAAACGUGUAAAGCCAUUUAAAGCCCCAAGGAAGUACACUGUCCAGAAAAACUCUGUUAUCUUAUCUUAUGUCUAAUAUGUCUUAUUUUCUUAUUGGGUAAUACAGAUAGAAGUGUUAUUUCAUGUGCUCUAAUAAUGUUGUGCCAUAUGUCUAGUUAUGUCUAUACCAUAACUACAAAAAUAUUCCAUGUAUUAAUAUUGAGUCCUACUUCGCGGAAAUUCACUUAUUGUGGGCUGGUCGGGAAGCAGUUAACUAUGAUAAACGAGGGAAAACUGUAUUAUUAUUAUUUUAGAUUCUGAAAAACUCAUUUUGUUUUUUGUUUUUUUAGAAUUAAAUGUUUUAUCAAAGGGCAAUAAAUUAUUAAACUUGAAUUUACCAACAAGGUAGUUUCCUCCACUUGCCUAUUGGUACGCAUGACCAAAUCUAAAAGACGUGAUGGCAUACAUAGUGGUCCUUUAUGGCUAUGCAUUAGUAGUUGAGUAGUUAGUAUGAAUAACUAAAUAUAUUUAAUAAUAUAUAUUUUUUAUUACUAUCAAAUGAUCAUGCAAAACCACUGUAAGAAAAAAAAACGUGUUUACUGUGCAUUAGGCGUCCCCCGUGCCCUUUAUUUAUUUUUUGUUCUAUCAGCUCCUGCUUUCUCUAUUUUAUCUUUUCCAUUGAAUGAUUGCACAAGCAUCACGUUUACACUACGUGGUUUUGCUCCAUUCUACUGCUGUCUUCUGAUUUAGAAAAUAACCUUGUUUAUGUUCAAAGUUGCACAUCUUCUUAUCGCUUCCCUCCUGAACAGAACCCAUUCAUACCAAAACAAACCCAAGUUCCCUAUGGACAUCCUAAAAAUACCCACAACUAUGAGAGUCUCUCAGGGUGCUCCAUAACAUUGGGAGAAUUUGGAGCAACUCAAUCACACGUCUUGUAGACCGCCUCAUUGUGCAUAAUGGUAGGUUUUCCGCAUUGGGCCAUUGUUCCCCAUGUCAUGGAGAGUAGGUAUUGUUGACUAGUAUUCCUGCCAGCCACAGUCAAUGCAAGGAAACAUACGGUCAUGGGAGAAAAAUAGCAACAUUUUUCACAUGACUGUAAAUGACAUUUGAGGCACCCCAAGGGGUUUUUGGCUGAAAAUGCUUUGAAAUCCAACUUUGGUCAAAUUUGACACACUUAUGAUCAUCCUAAAUGUGUACCCAGUGUCACGGUGAUUCUUCAAAUUUCAAUCUUACUUAUGGGGUCCAACCAUCCAUGCAUUUUCUAUGCCGCUUGUCCUCACAAGGGUCGCGGGGGUAUGCUGGAAUCUAUCCCAGCUGACUUUUGGCCAAGAGGCAGGGUGUUCCCUGGACUGGUCGCUAGCCAGUCACAGGGCACAUAUAGACAAACAACAUUCAUGCUCACAUUCACACCUAUGGGCAAUUCAGAGUCUCCAGUUAACCUAACAUGUGGGAGGAAACCGGAGUUCCCGGAGAAAACCCACGCACGCAUGGGGAGAACAUGCAAACUCCACACAUUCCCUUUUUCCACUGUGACUGGUUCGAAGCUAUUUUGGAGCUGGUUCUCAGAGCUUUGCUUUUUCAUUGUCAUUGUUCCAAAAUUAUAAAGUGCAGCUCUAACAGUGGAAAACGCUUCGUAAACAUGGACACCAGAGGAAACCCGCCGUCCAUUUGGACAUCCAAAGAAGUGCAGAAGAAAUUUGAAAUGGCGAUAAGAACCCAGCCAAUACUGGAAUGCAUCAAGAUGCGAGAUGGCUGAGAUGCCCAAACGAAGAUUUGAACUCAGAUCUUCCCAAUCUCCUGGCUGUGUGGCCAACAUGCAAACCACUAGACCACCGUGCGGCUUACGUCCUACUUUGGGGUUUAAUAACCACACCAUCAUGUGGUGUAUUUAACAGCUUUAAUAAUCGCUCAGGCAACACAGUAGCGGUGUAUGCUUUGCCAAAGGCAAGUAUGCAAUUUGGCCACACUUGCUUGACUGUCAGAGAAAGAUGCUGUGUAUGAUUUGUUUUAAUGCCUCAGUUUAAAACUCCUCAGUUCUCACAUCCUGCUGUUUUUUUGGAUCAGCGCUGCAGUUCUUUUGCAGAAAAGCUUCUGCCAUAAUUUAUUAUUAAGGAUUUCAAGCAUUAUCUCGGAGAAGCAUGCAACCCAAGCGCCUGGUGUUUCUCCUCAUUUUUUAUAGAUUGUGGACAUCUGUGUUUAUUCCACUUAAUUAGUGCUCACUGGUCUGUUUUCAUUUGCAUCAGACACACACACUGGAUCACUCGUAUCUGCCUAUUCAUGUGCUCAGUAUUUUCUGUGAAUAAGAAAGUCGCUCACGUUUGACCAUCCUCCAGCUCCAUUCUGCUUGGGGUGCUGGGCCAAUUUGAACAGAAAACUAACAUACAGUUAUUGCUAGUGGUGACACAAGACGAGACGAUACACAAGAUUGGAUCUACGAGGAUGAGAUGAGAUUUUAAGAUUACUUUCAAGAAAAGUACAAUGAAAAAAUAUAUGAUAAUACAUUGCAAUGUACUAAUUUAAUUUCUACUACGUUACCUUGUCUUACUCCUGAGGGGUGCUAUAUUCUUCUGCACUCCGUGUCUAUGCUACCUGCUCCGCCUCCACCCACCGAGACAAAGAGACUGUGACUGAGAAGAGGGCUCACUCCAUUCAUGCCGUUGUUCGGAAUGUACUUCAGACACGCCAAGGUGCUGAAAGCAAUGCACAGGGUGAACUCUCGUCCUACCUGUUUUGAUGCAGGAGAUGAGGAAAACGGACACAAAUGCACACGGCAAUAUAUUGAGGCCGGCAAAAUUAUCGAGUUGAUUGACCUUGUGAGAUCUUGUGACAUGAGAUCUUUUGACAGCCCUAGUUAUAUGAACGUGAGCGGUGGAUACGUUAUGGUUAAUUAUGUACCUUUUGCAAUCUACACUGCAAAAAACAGUCAUACUUGAAAGAAGCCCAAAUUAUAUAUAAAUGACACAACGUUUCUUAUUUCAAACAAAAAAUUUUGCCAAUGGGAUAAGCAAAAUUUGCUUGGCUAGAAUUCUUACAUCUAGAAUAUUUUUCUUGUGACUUUUAAGAAUAUUAUGAGUCCUGAAAUAAGCAAGUUGUUCUUAAUCAGAUAGCUAGAUUUAAGUGAAAUGUUCUUAUUACAACAUGGACAAUUUUAGAGUCUCCAAUUAACUGAUGAUGCAUAUUGUUGGACUGUGGAAGGAAGCCAGAGUACACAGAGAAUAUCCACGGGGGGAGCGUGCGGGUUCUGCACAGAGGUGUCCUGACGGGGAUUUAAACCCCGCAUGUAAAUUCACUAGUUUUUUGAUGUAUAAACUACAAUUUCUCACGAACAUGACAUUGCUGUUGACAGCACUUAACAUAAGUUGAAAUUCAAUAAUAAAAUGUUCCUAAAGAUUUUGUUUUUCGUUGCAAGUUUCAAACUUCCACAUGAAAUUGCAGCAUACUAUGAACUUCUGGGUCAUGUGGCCAAUGAACCUUUCUGUCACGCAAAAGCUUCUUUAAUUUGUCUUAAUUUGUCUGAAUACAAAUUUGACAUGGUCCAUUUAUGGGUACAAAAAGUGAAGCUUCAGCAAACAUUGCUGCCCUCGAAGUGGGGUACACCGCUGACGUAUUCAAACGUACAGUAUGUCUUUUAGUCAAGUAGAAUCAGAUCUUUGAAAAAUGAAAAACAACCAAAGAAAAAUAUCUAUAAUGUAUCGCCCUGUUUGGUUUCCUGCAUGUUGUGUUCAGGAGAUGACAAAAAUUAACACUGAGGGUAACUGGGGGCUUAUUGGUACAUCCCAGGCUGUUCCUGAGCUGUCAGGCAUUAGCGCUUAGUUAAUGUGCUGAGGAAAGUGUCAAUCUGUUCCCAGAUAAGUGUCUAUCCCUGUGGAUUAAAGCCACAUUGGACAUGAAAAUAAUACUGAUUUUAUUUUUUGGUGGGCGGUGUCCAGUAGUUCAUUCGUUUUCUGCUACUUUUCUUGUUCAUGGUAACGUGUGAGCUGGACCUUUCCCAGGUGGCUUUAGGUAGUGCACCCUGCGUGCCAGGUAAUUACAGGGCAUACAGACAAUCAUUCUCAGUCACAUUCACACCGAAAGACAGUUCCAGUUUGGCUUUUAGGAAGUUUGAACACUGAAAUCACAUGAAAUCUAACUUUUACAAGAACCAAUUGUGUCCUCAGUCAGGGCGCUUUCUUCUCGAAUUGGACAGUGGGGCGCUUUUUGUGUAACUUGAAGCGAGAGAUAUACACACACACGCACAAACACACAACACUGAUGUCACAAAGAGGAGCAGAGGCAGAACGUUUGGUACAGAACACAGAUUAUGACAAACUUAAUCUGCAUCGUCUGUGUACGUAAUGACGACAAUGUCAUACCCGUGCUGAUAGGACAGAACUGAGUGCUGAUUUAUGGACGGAGCAAAUCUGAUCUGAUCACAUCCAAAUGACAAUAGUGCUUCAAGAUUUGAUUUGAUCGAUAAAUCUGAAUUUUCCUUGCCUGAGGGUUUUCAGUUAAUCCAGAGUAAACCUUCAGUAGCUAUAUCGAGGAAGAAAUAGUAAUACAACUCCCACAAGUCAUUCUUUACCUAAAUGUGAGGUGUUCAAAAGUCAACAUAGACAAUCUCGGUCUCUUGUUUUUCUGCAACGAGCUAAGCAUUGUUUGCAAGCUAUGCUAACAAGGGCGUUUGUGCUAAAAAUUAGGGCUGUCAAAUGAUAAAAAACUUUAAUCAAAUUAAUCACUGUUUUAAAAUGAAUUAAUAAUAAUAAUCACCAUUUGCAGCUAUACUUAAAUGCAUCAAAUUGUACUUCCGCAGUAAGAGUUACGUUAGUGAGUGAUAAGAAUAUCCACUAUGAUCCAGUAUUGUCCAGUAUUGUCUCUACACGUAUAUGCAUAAUAAAGACAUUGUUGCGGUUGUCUAGUGACAAUGAGGAAGUGUCGUACCGAGGACUAGAGACAUGUUGCACUGCUGUUGAUGUGCUCAGGUCAGAAUCAUGAAAUUAACUCACUCUUUUUGACAACCCUACUAAAAAUACCUAAAAAUAGAUUAAGAACAAAGUUGGACUCAUGAAUGUGCAUUAAUAAAGUAUAUUAAUAACAUGGCAAGACGCACACCAUAUUGAUCUCUAGCCGGAAAAUGCACACAAACCGAGGCAAAAUUUUGGCAUAAAUUCUCUGUUCCUGUACCACUGGUCAACGCUCCAGUGUGUUCUGAUUCCACGUGAAUUUUUUUGGCAAAAAAGCAAAAUCCUGAUAAGUUGAUGAUCUUUGUCAUGCAUCCUGAAAUGUGUUGUGUUGUUGGUCCUUCACUGUCAACUAACGUCAGUGAUGCCGUAACAACAGAGAAGUUACAAAAAUCAAAGUAAAUGUCCAGCCUUAGGUUUUGGGUAACAUUAUGUAUGAUGCACGUAGCAAAGACUGGAGUUUAUUGCACAUUUUUCACAAUUUGGAUGAAUUGUGCAUUGUGCAACCUAAGGGAUAUUUGACUAAAGAAGUUCCAACUUUUAUAGUAUAUUCCUACUUCUGCUGAAUGCUUUUAAGUUUUCUCACAGCAAUAGACUCUUCCCUGCUGUCUGUGAGAUUAUUUAUAAGUGGAUGGAAAUUUGUAAAUUCAUUCCCUCAAAUAUUGUAGCAUAGGGACGUGCAUUAUGGGGCGUUUUGUAAGUGUGCUAUGCUUUAUGUGCCAUUCAUUUGGAUGCAUCCAUAAUAUUUGGCAGCCCCUUUCAAUAGCCCCUUUGUGUAUUUGCCUCCAUGGAGCUCAUUCUAAAAGUUUGGUUAGCUCAGGCAGGCGUGUGUCAAUUGGUAGGCGGGGGUGACAGUGUUAGGAGCACAGAAUGUAGAGAGAGACCAGUUGUGGUUCUGAAUGAACUACAGUGUGUUGAACUGGAUCUCAAAAGGCUCUGUGCAUUCGACAAAAUGGUCUCUGCUGUCGUAGCACACUUUUUCUUCUCCCUCAUCAUCGUCAAUGUAAUCCCCACAACUCCUGUUGUGGAGGAGAGACCUCCCCAGGCUGCAAAUGGAGCUGUUAGUGGGUCUCAGGUCAAGAGCAGAAAGAGGGUGUUUCUGGUGCCUCACACUCAGAAGCCAGACCCCGUAUAUGAAGCUUUCGGGUACUGCAACACCCCCAACCGCACUGAACAAGCCUGGGAAGGUCACAGUCCGGCAGACUACACACUGCUGUCUGUCCACAUAAUGAUUCGCCAUGGGGACCGUUACCCUCUCUACUCUAUUCCCAAGACCAAAAGGCCAGCCAUAAACUGCACACUGUCCAUAAGCAGGAAUCCCUCACACCCUCUGCUGAGCGCUUUCAUUAGUCACAUGGCCCAGGGAGGCCUUGGGCACUGGGAGUCGUCUUUGGCCUCCGUCCCUCGCCUACCCAACCACAGUGCUUGCGAGAUGGGAGAGCUCACCCAAACUGGUGUGGUGCAGCACUUACGUAAUGGGCAACUCCUCCACCAAGCUUACCAGCGCCACCGCCUUGUGCCCUCAAACUGGUCACCUCGCCAAGUGUGGGUAGAGACCACAGGGAAGAGCCGCACCCUUCAGAGCGGACUGGCUUUCCUCUACGGCUUCCUCCCAGAUUUCAACUGGAAGAAACUGACCGUGCGACACCAGUGGAGUACGCUGUUCUGUGGCUCUGCCUGCGACUGCCCCGCCAGGAACCGAUACCUGGAGGAGGAGCAGAGGAGGCAGUAUCGUCUCAGGGUGGCCGACACAGAACUGGAGAGAACUUAUGUUGACAUGGCCCGCACGUUGGGCAUUCCCACACGCAACCUCAGAGCGGCAAACCCGAUAGACUCUCUGCUGUGCCACUUGUGCCACGGCCUUCCUUUCCCAUGCAUGUCCAUGGAAGACGGCAGCACCAGCGGGUGUCUAACAAUGGCUCAGUUUGCUGUAAUCCGUCGACAACAGCUAGACGACGAGGUGGAUCGCAGAAGAGCGGGACUCUAUCGUAAAUAUGCCAUCCUGGCUAUGUACCCCUACCUCAACCGAACCGCCGCCAAGAUGGAGCGAGUUGCCAAGGCUGCUGCAGGUAAACAGCCAGCAAGAGCAGGAGAUGAUGUGUUCACCCUUUCCUCCGCUCACGACGUGACCAUGGCGCCUUUGCUGAGCGCCCUGGGACUGGAGGAAGCCAGAUUCCCACCAUUUGCAGCGAGACUGGUAUUUGAAUUGUGGAAGAGCCCCUCAGUGACCGGAGGUGAGCAGAAAAAGAAGGCCGCCAAAGGUGAGAGGUUAAAACCAAGAGAUGGAAGAUGUUUCAUCAGGUUGCUGUACAAUGGCGAGGACGUGACAUUUCACACCACUUUCUGUAGCUCCCUUUCCCGCCACAACAGCCAGCCACUUUGCCCUCUGAAGAACUUUCUUUCUUUCGUCAGGAAAGACAUGUUCAGUGUUGUCAAUGCUACGUCCUACCAGGAGGCCUGCUUUAGGCGUCCCGGUUGAUAAUUGUGCAGCACUGAAGGUCAGCUGGUUGUCAUUUCCAAGCGAUGCCACUGUGGUGUCACACAAAUAUGCCAUUUCACUCAUUUAGAAAACAACAAUCAGUGGCAGACAUUGAAUGGGUAUAUUGUUUACAUUCAACUGACCACAUUUUUGUCAGUUGUUGUGGAACUGCCGUUGUUAUUUGGACCAGUAAGGCCAGGGUGCUGAGAUAUACUGUAGUAGCAAUGCAAUCUGUGGCAGUCCAGUGGUACAAACACGCACUGCUCACAAAACGUUAGGGAUAUUCGUCUUUCCAGGUUGAAUUUCAUGAUGGACCUCAAAUGCACUACAGUCGUCCCUCGUUUACUGCGGUUAAUUGGUUCCAGACUCGACCGCGAUAAGUGAAGUAGGAUUCAAUAUUAAUAAAUAUUUUCAUACUUAUGGCAUAGAAAACCUGUUUACAAUCUUCUAAGUACAGUUUUUAACAUUAGUAGAGCCCUUAAGACAUGAAAUAACAUGCUUAUACAUUUGUGUUACCUAGGGAUGCUGCCCAUUCCGAUCAUCCAGGGCUGAAAUCGGCUGCUACCGAUUACAUUGAUUCAUUAUCAAUUUUUCAAUUUAUCUAUGAUGAGUGGUAUUGGCCAGGGGUGCCGUAUAAAUGGGAAAAGUCUGGACAAUGCCAAGGUCCCUUGGCAAUUACCAAUAAAGUUAGUAAGUAAUUAAUAAUAAAAAUGUCGUCAUUCAUAUGCUUGUUAGAGAACAGCAAGUUUUACAAAAGUACUGAAAUAUUAACAGUUUUAGGUUCAUGCUGAAAUGUCCCUUGUCACCCCGAACGUUUUGUGAGUGGUGUCAUUGUAAAGCAGAACUUCAAGGUCGUGGCACUAAGACACUUUAUUCUUACAUAACUGACAUGUCAUUCUGUACAUUCCAGGAAAUUGUCAUUUUACAAAUAUGAUAUUCCAGAUACUUGCAAAAUACUCAAGCUGGAAAUACUAUGCUGGAUUAAACAUUCAUAGAUUUGUUUUUGUGUGUGUGAGCAUUAUUUGUGGAUAAUUACCUUUUCACUGGUAUUGCCCACUACAGUGUUCCCUCGUUUAUUGCGGGGCGUAGGUUCCCAAAAUAGCCCGCAAUUAGUGAAAUCCACAAAGUAGCCAAGUUCUUUUUUUUUUUUUUUUUUUAUUUAUUUCUAUUUUUUUUACAAUGAUAAAUUAUAAAUGUUUUCAGGUUGUAAAACCCCUCCCCAUACACUUUAUACACUUUUCUCAAACAAGCAAUAACAUUUUCUCACAUUUCUCUCUUGUUUAAACAUUUGAACGAUCACCCUUAAUGGUCAAUAAAAGAAAAUAAGUCACUCACGCAUAUUUCACUCUCGUGGCCGUGUCUUUCCCUCCUGGCGCCGCUGCGCGGUACUGGAGCGUUUUUGUAUCCUUGUUAAAACAAACUGCUGCAGACGAACCGAAGAUUAAUUUGCAAGUUAGCGAUGACACAGGAGACAUGGCAGGAUUGACAAUGGUCUACAGCCAAUCAGGACGCAGAAAACAAUGGGCGGUGCAGACAGACAAGAGAAGGAAGAGAUAAAUACUCAACUUCCCACAAUGCAAUUCUUCUUAAAGGACCAGGCUCGGCCUAUAACAGCGUUCAUACGCUGUAAUCAUAAAAAAAAAAAAAGAAGAGCUAAAUAAAAUCCGCGAAUCCGCAAAAGGUGAACGGCGGUAGAGCGAGGGGGCACUGUACUUCAUUAUCGACACCGAUAUCAACCAAUACCCAUAUUGGCAGCAGCUCUUCCCUGAACCGAUGUCAGCUCACCUCUCAUGUAAUGAAUGAACACAUUAUGCUGCUUUUGCUCGUGAUGCCAAUGGAUGCAUUUCACAAAUAAACACUGCUUGUCCAAAAUAAGAAAAGUACUGUGAAAUGCAAUAGAAAAAGUGCCAUAUUUAUAGUCAACAAAAGUCAUAAAAAAUCAUGGCCAAACGUAAAUAACAUGUUCUCCUGCUAUCAACAAGUAAGACGGGUUAGUCUUAAUAAAUGUACAAAUAUGAAUGCAAUUAAAUAAUACUAGGAUCGAUACAAUUUGGAAAGCUGCACAUUUCUAUGUGGCACAAACAUCCUUAUAAGAACAAGGUAAAGUGCCAAGUAUGAACCUCUGGACUAAUACAAUCAGUGAAAUUGUAAAGUGGGCCCACAACACAUCACGCAUGAACGAAACAUUAGAGUAGAAGUAUUAAGGGAGGACGCCUAACUCCCCCCUCGCGGUACCAGCGCUGUGCAAUCAUUGCAAUGACAUUUCUGAAGGAGAAAUUGAAAUAAUUGCGUUCAUACUGAGCUAGCAAGCUUGUUGCUGUGUGGAGCACAUCAUCACUCGCACAUCGAUAUUAAUAUUGGUAGGAAAAAAACAAUACGAUGUGACCCAAUAUGUCAUUUUUAUGCCAAUAUCCGCCGAUAUCGCUACUUUUAAAAAUUGCCAUCAGUUUCAUUCGACUAUUGGCAAUGUCACUUUCCAAAUCAUAUACUGUACUUAGUGUCAUUCAAUAAAUGAACUAACUAUGAAACACUGAUUGAACAAAUACACAACACUCACAUUGUGAGUUGCAAGCACAUAUAAAGUAACACAACUGGUAUUAUAAUCGCGUUUUCACUCUCUUGCAUUGAUUUUUAGAUGUCAUGUCAUGGUCUUCACAGUUUCCCCAGGUCAGCUUGUGUCCUGGGGGUCAUUUGUGGCCCCCAGCUUGUUUUUUAUCG